AUGAAGUUCUCCGCUAUCCUCAUUGCCAGUGCUGCGCUUGCCACUGUCACAAAUGCACUUCCUGUACGCCUUGUUGAGCGAGAACCCACUCGCCAUUUCCAAGGAUCGAUGCCACCUCCUAACUCACCCCACCUUGCCAAUGGUAGUGGUAACGGCAGCGACACCGAAAAUAACACCGAAAUUGCCACCGAGUCCUAUACUAUUUCUACCACUAGUGCCACUGCCACCAGCACCUUCACCACCAGCAUUCCCGCGUCGACCCCCGCAACUGAAACCGCGAUACAGUCGUCUUCUACUCUCUCGCUUCCAGUCGGAACUCUAUCACAAACUCAGUCGAUUGUCAUUCCAACAUCCAUUGGAAGUAACGGCGCUGUGUUGGUUUGA